GUCAUCACCGUCACCAAAUAAUUGUUUGCGCUGGCACUGUUCGGGUUUGCGCAAAGCUUUUCGUUUUUUUCGGAAGCCAGUCGUGACUGUCUUUCUGAUUUAUUGCUCAUCUCUUCAACAUCUCACCCCCCCCGCACCGUCCUUCUUCCGACGGUUGGAGAUGGCUACCAAAGGCGAUAGAAAGAGAGCCAGUGUCGACGCAACAGACCCAGGCUCCAAGCGCGUCAAGAUGGAGUCUUCUGACGAGGACCAGGCCAUUCAGCACAAUCCCUAUCUCGCGCACAUGAAGCAGGAGGAGGAUGAAAAGAACGGCAUCCAUUACAACAACUCCAUCGUCAAAGGUUCACUCUUACACAGCUUCACCCGCCGAGAGACCACGGCGAAGCAAGCAUCGAAAGCCGAGGACGGCGACGAGAACCCAUUCACCGGCGAACCUCAUUCCCAGCAGUACUUCAAGAUUCUCCAGGGCCGAAGAAACCUCCCCGUCCACAAGCAGAGACAAGAGUUCCUGGACGCCUACCACAGCACGCAAAUACUCGUCUUCGUUGGUGAGACCGGUUCCGGAAAGACCACUCAAAUCCCCCAAUAUGUCGUCUACGACGAGUUGCCACAGCUCAACAAGAAGCUUAUUGCUUGUACCCAACCUCGUCGAGUCGCCGCCAUGUCCGUUGCCCAGCGUGUCGCAGAUGAGCUGGACGUGCAGCUAGGCCAGGAGGUCGGUUACAGUAUCAGAUUUGAGGACAGGACAGGCCCCCGCACAAUUCUCAAGUACAUGACUGAUGGUAUGCUUCUUCGAGAGGCCAUGCACGACCACAUGAUGUCACGCUACAGCUGCAUCAUUCUCGAUGAGGCUCACGAACGCACCUUGGCCACCGAUAUCCUCAUGGCUCUGCUCAAGCAGUUGGCAAAGCGCCGACCAGAUUUGAAGAUCAUUAUCAUGUCUGCCACACUCGACGCUCAAAAGUUCCAAAAAUAUUUCUACGACGCCCCUCUGUUGGCAGUUCCUGGCCGUACCCAUCCUGUAGAGAUCUUCUACACUCCCGAAGCCGAAAAGGACUAUGUUGAAGCCGCCAUCAGAACAGUCCUGCAAAUCCACGCCGCCGAGGCCGAAGGCGACAUUCUUCUUUUCCUGACAGGCGAAGAAGAGAUCGAGGACACUUGCCGCAAGCUGUCACUUGAGGUCGAUGAGAUGAUUCGCGAGGCCGAUGCCGGCCCCAUGACCGUCUACCCCCUUUACGGUACACUGCCCCCACACCAGCAGCAGAAGAUCUUCUCGGCUGCACCACCGCCCUUGAAGAAGGGUGGUCGCCCUGGCAGGAAGUGCAUCGUAUCCACGAACAUUGCCGAAACCAGUUUGACCAUUGACGGUAUUGUUUACGUCGUGGAUCCCGGCUUCAGCAAGCAAAAAAUCUACAAUCCUCGCAUCCGGGUCGAGUCUCUCUUGGUGUCCGCCAUCUCCAAGGCUUCGGCUCAACAGCGUGCCGGUCGUGCCGGUCGUACGAAGCCUGGAAAGUGCUUUCGACUGUACACCGAGGAGGCAUUCAAGAAGGAGCUCAUUGAGCAAACUUAUCCCGAGAUCCUCCGUUCCAAUCUGGCCAACACCGUGCUAGAACUCAAGAAACUCGGCGUGGAGGACCUUGUCCAUUUCGAUCUGAUGGAUCCUCCCGCCCCGGAGACGAUGAUGCGCGCUCUGGAAGAGCUUAAUUAUCUGGCAUGUCUCGAUGACGAGGGCGAGCUUACUCCCCUCGGCAGUCUUGCGUCCGAGUUCCCACUCGACCCUACGCUGGCUGUCAUGCUUAUCUCCAGUCCCGAGUUCUAUUGUUCAAAUGAGAUGCUUUCUAUCACAGCCCUCUUAUCUGUACCCAAUGUGUUUGUCCGCCCCGCAAACAAGCGUCGCGAGGCAGACCAGAUGAAGGAUAUGUUCAAACACCCCGAGGGCGAUCACCUGACCAUGUUGAACGUCUACCACGCCUUCAAGGGAGAACAAAACAAGGGCGGAGAUAUCAAGCAGUGGUGUCACAGCCACUAUAUUUCUCAGCGUCACCUCUCUAGUGCGGACAGCGUCCGAGCCCAACUGAAACGCAUCAUGGAGACGCAAGGGCUUGAACUGAUCAGCACUGACUUCAACGACAAGAACUACUACACCAAUAUUCGUCGCGCUCUCGUUGCUGGUUUCUUCAUGCAAGUCGCCAAGAAGGAGUCAAGUGGCAAAAUCUACAGAACCAUGAAAGAUAACAACCAGGCUGUCAUGAUUCAUCCUAGUAGUGUCCUACAGACGGAUUAUGAGUGGGUCCUCUACAAUGAGUUCGUCCUCACCACCAAGCAGUAUGUCAGAACUGUCACUGGAAUUCGACCUGAGUGGCUUUUGGAAAUCGCUCCGGUUUACUACGACCUUGACCACUGGGAUGGGCAGAAGGAUGUUAAGUUGGCUCUCAAAUCUGUACAAGACAAGAUGCGGAGACGCGCAGCCAUGAAGGCUGGUCGAUGAAGGCCAGAAUCGUGUCAAGUCAUGGCCCAUCAGUCGCCAGUUUCUGAUUGGCUUCAGAUAUGAGACUACGACCACAGGUACUAUCUGUAAACAGAAGCACAGAUGUGCUUCUAUCCAUGAUACGUGGUUCGCAAGCAUUUCAGCAAGCGCUCUUGUUCAGCUGGCCUUUUCGCGAGAACUACGGCUUUGAGCACUUGCUGCAUGGUUAGCGGUACGACUGCCAUAGUUGGGAAUAAAACUGCCUUUGGCAUUCUCGAACAGUCGCUUACGAAACGGCCCCUUUGGGACGAGACAUGGAUACGAAGAGUUCGCAGAGAAUGCGAUCUACCGUUUCAUCCAUUCAUAGAAUGAUGGAUUAUGUCGUAUAGAGAGAUGAGACGUUGUAGACAGGCAAGCUAUAGAGAUGUAAUUCACGAAGUCGCAUAAACUCAAAAAUCAAUUGGCG